AAAUAGAUAGCUGGCUCAAGAAGAAAGAAGAAGUUAAUCAAGUAACUAGCUAGAAUGGAGUUGAAUGUGGAUGAUGUAUCAGAGCCAGUAAGCCCUACUGGACAGUACUUCAACAGCUCUAUUCUGUCAAUUUGUGUUUUUGGUGUUCUGGAAUCUCAGAUUCCUAUUGAUGAUUCUUCCACCAUGUUAUUGCUUAAGGAUGUGUUCCUCCCCAUCAACCCUCGCUUCUCCUCCAUCAUGGUUAAAGACAAAAAAGGAGUUAAAAAAUGGAAGAAGUUUGAUGUGAAGCUCAAAGACCACGUUAAUGUUCCAAUCUUCCCAGCGGGAUUGUCAGUAGCAUCUUACGACAAUUACCUUGAUGACUACUUAUCAAAGAUAGCCAUGGAACAGCUUCCACAAAGCAGGCCCUUAUGGGAAAUUCAUAUCUUCAAAUAUCCAACAAAAAAUGCAGCUGGAACAGUAAUAUUCAAGCUCCACCAUGCCCUUGGUGAUGGCUUUUCUUUAAUGGGUGCUCUUCUUUCUUGUCUACAAAGAGCUGACAAUCCCUCUCUUCCAGUGACAUUUCCUUCCCUUCAUUGGCCUUCCAAAAUGGACACUAGUCAAAAUAGUAACAUGCUUAUGGCUAUACCUAAUUUCUUUACUUCAGUUUGUAACACUGUAUCAGAUUUCGGAUGGAGCCUUUUGAAGAGUAGCUGUUUUGAAGAUGAUCCAACACCAAUACGAUCUGCUGAUCCUGAUGUGCAGUUUAAGCCUAUUACAAUAGUAACACUGACAUUCUCUCUUGAUCACAUCAAACAAAUAAAGACCAAGCUUGGAGUGACAAUAAAUGAUGUGAUUUGUGGAAUAAUCUUCUUUGGGACUAGACUAUAUAUGCAAACAUCGAGCCAUAACUCAAAGACUAAUGCACAUUCUACGGCGCUGGUGUUGCUGAAUACAAGGAACAUUAACGGAUACAAGUCAGUUGAGGAGAUGGUUAAACCUGAAGCUGAGUCGCCAUGGGGGAACCAGUUCGGCUUCUUGCAUGUUUCUGUUCCUGAAUUAACUGAUGCUGAAUCGUCAAACCCACUUGAAUUUGUCCUGAAAGCACAGAAAUUGAUAAAGAGAAAAAGGGAUUCUCUAGCAGUUAGUUUCACUGGUCAGCUUCUUGAGGCUUUGAGGAGAUUUAGAGGCCCUGAGGUAACUGCUAAAUACAUCCACAGUACACUGAGAAACUCAAGCAUGACUGUCUCAAAUCUGAUUGGACCAGUGGAAGAAAUGGCUUUGGCUAAUCAUCCUGUUAAAGGUCUCUACUUCAUGGUGGUUGGCGUGCCUCAGAGUCUUACAGUUACACUGAUAAGUUACAUGGGAAAGCUGAGAGUUGCAGUAGGAACAGAAAAAGGAUUCAUAGAUCACCACAAGUUCAAGUCAUGCAUUGAGAAUGCCUUUGAGUUGAUACUUAAAGGAGCCCAUGAAAUUCCUUCAAAUUAAUAGACACAAAAUUGAUGCAACAAUUUGGUUUCAUCAUAAGGCCUUUGGAAUUCGUCCCACUAUGAU